GGCAACACAUCCAAACGGCACCGUUUCGCUCUCGCCGCAAACUCCCACCUCCCCCCUCCCUCCUUGGUGCCAGUGAGUGUGUGUGUGUGUGAGAGAGAGAGAGAGAGAGAGACAGAGACAGAGAGACGGAGCUGGACGGAUUUCUCGUGGUUGAUCGUUCGGCGUAAGACCAGGUCGUGAUGCGUCAUUCCCGGUCGAAGAUCUGAAGCUUCUCAGGUCCCUCGCCUCUCCCGAUGGAAAGUGGAUCCCCAGAUCAUGAAUCAGUAGAGUCAGCAACGAAAAAAUCCAGUCUUUCAUCCAGUGAGAGGCGCCAGAGUUGCAAGGAGUUCCUCCGUAGGUUUGUGAACAGUGAAAACCUGACCGUAAAUCUUGAGGACUGGUUUGAAGAAAUAACAGAACAAUCAGCACAUAAAACACCUCCCUUUGAUGUUCCUUUUGAAUUGAUAGACCUUCAGAAGUUUGAUUAUGCAUUGGAAGGGGUUUCCUUUCAGCAGCUGAUUCGGAUGCCCAGUGCUGUUUAUGCUUCAACAUCGGGUGCUGUUGAAGCAACUUCUUAUCUUGCAAUUGAAGAUUUCUUACACACGAGUGUCAGGGGCUUGUGGGAGUCAUUUUGGAGUAAUGAUGGUCCUAUGCCUUUCUAUGUUGCCUGUUUAUACGAUGCGAACCUGAAAUUCUACCAGGCUGAGAAGGCGAUUGCAAAUGGGAAACUUGAAGGUCUUUGUGCCUCAGCUAUAAUGCUAAAAAACCCAAGACAUCCACAUGGGAAGUGGGAGGAUAUUCUUGAGAUAGCACUUCUGAGGCAUGAUAUUGGAAGCCUUUCAUUGGAGAGUGACCGGAAGUCUUUUUGCUCCGUCAUAGGCGAAGCACUAUUUUACGCUGUUCGUAUUUUAUUAUCAAGAAGCCUCAGCAGAACAAAUGUUACUCCUAGUUCAAAUUCUGUUUUUGUUCUUCUCUUUGAUUCUCAGUAUGGUGGGGUUCUAAAAGUUGAAGGAGAUGUGAAUAAAUUAGAUUGUGAUACAGAUAAUGUGUACAAAUGUGCUUCUGAAUGGAUAAAAAGCUAUGCACGAAUAGCAGUUUCCCCUAUCGAUAGAAUCUGGAACAAGCUUGGAAAUGCUAACUGGGCUGAUAUUGGUGCUCUACAGGUACUUUUUGCAACUUUUCAUUGCAUCGCACAAUAUGCUGGAAUGCCCAAGCACUCGGUUGAAGAUUUAGCUGCCGACCACAGCUCUCGUCUUCAAGCAAGAAGAGCUGAAAGGCAGUUGAGGGAUACCAGAGUGAAUGGAAAUGGUUUGUUCCGGUUCCAGCAGUCAAGUGUUUCUCCUGAAAUUGUGGAAUUAAGGGACGAAUCUGUCAAAUUGGAAUCUGAUAAGUCAAUGAGGCUUGAAAUAGGGACCGUUCUAUGGGUGGAGGAUUCGAAUUGGCAGAAAGGUUAUCAAAUUAAUGAAGUUCUGAAUGAUGGCGAAGUUACAUUUUAUAUUGCAUACUGUGUGGAUGAUCCGGGCAAUCCUCUGUUUCUGUAUGUUGGUUCACAUCCUUCCAUAUUGGAACCGGCGUGGGAAGAUAUGAAGCUGUGGUAUCAAGUGCAAAGGCAGACUAAGAUAUUGACGGCUAUGAAACAAAAAGGUUUAUCUGAUAAGUAUUUGCCAGAAUUGUGUAUGUCUGGCAGGAUAAUUCACCCUGGUCCCUGUCGGAGACCCAGCUCAGGUGGAAAUUGUGAACACACACUGUGUGGGACACCCGUUCUAGUGACGAGUCCAGUUGGCAAAACCGUUGCUAGCAUGGUAGGAAGUGGCGAAUUUGGUUUAGAUGAGGCUAUUAGGUGUUGCCAUGACUGCUUGUCGGCUCUUUCAACUGCUGGUGCUGCUGGGAUUCGACAUGGAGACAUCAGACCUGAGAAUAUUAUUUAUGUGACUUCCGGGUUGAGGCAGCCUUAUUAUGUCCUUGUAGGAUGGGGGCAUGCUGUUUUAGAAGAGAGGGAUCGCCCAGCCAUGAAUCUUCAUUUCUCAUCCACUUACGCCCUUCAGGAGGGUAAGUUGUGCUCAGCUUCUGAUGCAGAGAGCCUUGUCUAUCUGCUUUACUUUUGUACUGGUGGUAAUAUGCCUGACUUGGAUUCAGUUGAGGGGGCACUGCAGUGGAGAGAAAGUGCUUGGUCUAAAAGGUUGAUUCAGCAGAAGCUUGGGGACAUCUCUGCUGUCCUGAAAGCAUUUGCUGACUAUGUUGAUAGUCUUUGUGGAACGCCAUAUCCUAUGGAUUGUGGUAUCUGGCUAAGAAGGUUGAGGCGACAUAUUCAGGAAGAAGAUAAUGGGAAGGAAAUUGACACAUCAAGUUAGGUUCUUGCCACUUGUCAGAGUUGAACCCCUAUGGACCCCGAUAAUUGUCACUUCCUGAUUUGGGGGUGGUUUCUUUUUGUUUUCUCGGGAAGUAUAUGAAAGUCGGAGCCACUUGUCUAAUUUAUUGGUUGAUCUGGAAUUGGUGUAACUAAGUUUUUGCCACAGGUGGUUUGUGUUGCCUUAUCUUUUCCUUGAGACUGAUCGAUUGUUCCCUGGAACAGCUAGAUGAUAACUUUUGUUCUGUGAUAUAUGUCAUCCUGUUCUGCAUUUCGUCUGGUACCUGCACAGUUGAGCCACCCUGUCGAGUUUUCAGAAAACUGGGUUGCGUUUUGGUCCUUGAUUGGAUUUCAGAAUAUCACCUGGUUCUGGUUUUCAUGUAUCUCGGAAUGUACUCCAAGAAAAUCUUAAAUAUCAGGCCUUUCUGCAAUGGUGAUGAGCUGCCAAAGAGAUCGAGUAUAAGGUAAACUGUUUCUUGUAAAGAUAGGAGCUGUUCAGAUUGUUUCGAAUUUUGUGGUUUCUUCUUUUCUUUGUAUGACGAGAAUGUUUGGAGCAUCGGAUUUGUGAUUAUUGCGUGGUGGGUCAUUCUUCUUCUGUAAAUGUGUUCCCGCAUUAAAUUGUUGCGUUCGAUUUAUUUGAAUCAGUAACUUUCUGGAUCA